AUGUCCAUCUCGUCCCUCCUGACUCACCCAAACGGCGUCUCCAUCUUCCCCGAGCUUUCCGCCUCGGAGCAGUACCAGCUCUCCCGCGAAGCCCUCGAGGAGGCCGAGGAGGCCAUCGUCGCCGACCUGGCCGAGAGCGUCCACAGCAGAACCGACGACUCCGCCUCGGACGCCGGCUACGACAGCGACAGCGCCAGCUCCGCCAGCACCUCCGUCAUGUCCUCGGUCCGCGACUACAUGUACGAGAACGGCCGGCGCUAUCACCGCUUCCGCGAGGGCAGCUACAACUUCCCCAACGACGACGUCGAGCAGGAGAGGGAGGACAUGAAGCACGCCAUGGUCAAGCUCCUGUGCAGCCAGAAACUGCACUUUGCCCCCAUUGGCGACAACCCCCAGGAGAUUCUCGACAUUGGGACGGGGACGGGCAUCUGGACGAUUGAAAUGGGAGACAGAUUCCCCAGUGCCCAUAUCCUGGGAAUCGAUCUGUCGCCCAUCCAGCCCGACUGGCUGCCACCCAACGUCCGCUUCAUGGUCGACGACGUGGAAUCGCCAUGGCUGUAUCCGCGAAACCACUUUGACUACAUCCACUCUCGACACACGGUCAUGGCCAUCCGAGACUGGGACACGCUUCUCCGGACAGCCCUAGACCAUCUCAAAUUCGGCGGCUGGAUCGAGCUACAAGAGAUCCAUCACACGCCACGAAGUGCCCUCACAGGCGGCAACGGCGAGAUGCCCCCCGACCACCCCGUCGCCCGCUUCUGGAAGCACGUAACCGACGGCCUCGCCGCCCUGGGCAUCGACCUCGACGCCGUCGCCGACGCCAAGCUCUCCGACGCCAUGCGCCGCGCCGGCUUCGCAAACGUCACCGAGCGCGUCCUCCACGUCCCCAUCGGCACCUGGCCCAAGAACAAGGUCCUCAAGACCGUCGGCCUCUACUGGCGCACCAUCCUGCUCGACGGCCUGCAGGCCAUUGCCCUGGGGCCCCUGACGCGGGGCCUCGGCUGGAACCGCGAGCAGGUCGAGAUGCUCCUCAUCGAGGUCAGGCAGGCCUACUUUGACAAUGCUCCGCUCAUGUACAUGCCCUUUCACAUCAUUUACGCCCAGAAGGCGUAA